CAUCGCAUGAGGAAAACUUGCAUUUUUUUUCGCAGCAUUCGGGAAGACAAAAAAUGCAGGAAAGGUAGCUUGAGUUUUAAAAAAGAAAAAAAAGGAAAUUGCGACAUGUUUUUCCGCAGUGUUUUAGGCAAAGAAAGCGAUUGCGAAGGAGCUUGUUUAUUGUGGUCUGUUGUGGGAGCUGCUGUGUUUUGCUCUGUAAUCGGUGAUGUGUACGCUCAGGUCGUGCUUGAAAAGCGAGUUCGACUGGGCAAGUGUUUCAAUUUACAGCGCAAAAGGUUGCUGUCCAUCGUCAUUGUCAACGUGAUUCUCGUCGUCCCACUUUUGUUUACAUGGAGGUCAAUUCUGAAUUCCAUCAUUCAGACACAAGAGCCGUCUUCUGCCAAAGACUUGAGAGAAAUCUUCAGCCUGAAGCGAAUUUUAAAAGUGUUUGUGGAUAUCAGUUUUGGAGCUCCUUGGUACCUCGCAAUGUUGCUGGCAGGUCUCAAUACCAUCAAGUACUGGGACAUGGAAGAAGCCAGAUUGGCAAUGAAUGUCAGCUUCCCCGACGUGCUUAUUUGCAACUGGGUCCUGUCGCCGUUGGCAGCAUUCCUCAGCUACAUGGAGUCAAAAGUCAGCCAUCAAUUGACAGUGUUCUUCAUAGCCUCUGUGCCAAUUGUAAUCGUGGUCCCCUCGUUCGCAUUGCCUGGACAACAUGUCCAGCAGUUUCCUCAACUUGGUAAACCGUUCCCCGCGUUCCGCAGUGGCGCCAUCUACCCCAAACAAAUACUGGAGAUGAAACUCCGUUCUCAACACGUCAUUCGCCAUGGGAUCAUCUCCAAUAAGUCCGCCGUUGAUCAACAGUCGGGAUGCACACGCGUUAAACAGAGACGCGGAUUGGCACAACCGCAUUCCUUCUUCAACUUGGGCCACGAGCAAAGCCAGGCUCUUUUCUCGGGCACAAGAACCCGAAUAGAAGGAUGA